AUGGCGCUGUCGAUUCUGACAACCUCACUCUUACUCCUCUUGGGGACAGCAUCAGCAAAUAUUCAAUCCCAGCCACCAAAACAGCAAGUCUUGCCCCCCCUGAGAUCACAUGUAAACGACUGUCUCCCAGGCCCCGUCAAACACGACCUCUUGCCAUCUUGUGAAACCGCCUUUGUGUCCAACGAGACUCUCAAAAGUGGUCAGGAAAAACCCUGGACACACACCCCAUUCUGCUUGGACACUAAAGCAGGAACACCAUACUGCGUCUUCACCGCAUCCAAGUUCCAGGGACCAAAACGAGGAAUCAGCAUCAUAGCCCCCUUGUCAAACAACGCCUCUUCCUCGUUGGCCCAGAUCGAGAAGCUCAUCCUCGCGUCUCCCAAGGCCAAAGAUGACUUCAUUACUGUAGGCGAAGACCUGGAAGACCCACCGUAUGCACUCAGGACGAUUGAUGGCAAGGGUUUCGGGCUGAUUGCCACGAGGAAAAUUCCAAAGGGGUCGAUCUUCAUGACUGACUACGCCACUUUAAUGGCAGACAAGGACUUUGCUGCGAAUUUGAGAAUGGAACAAGGCAGGUUGCUGCUCAGCGAGGCUGUUGUGCGGUUGCCUUACCCUGAUAGGGUACUCAAAUUGGCGAGGAGCAGCACUAGACCAGGGGAUGUGCCGGCUGCGGAGGAUGUCAUGAAGACGAAUAGUUUCAGUGUGGAAGCAGGUGGGCAUGGUUAUGUCGCGCUGUUUCCGGAUGUUUCGAGAAUGAAUCAUGCGUGUAAACCAAAUGCCAUCACUCGAUUCAAUGCCGCCGCGCUCUCCAAGACCAUCACUGCUUUCCGGGAUAUUCUUCCGGGAGAAGAGAUUACAAUCAGCUAUACUGCCUUCAACCUCCAAUCCAAAAUCCGUCUCCCCCGCCUCAAGAAACUCUGGGGCUUCGACUGCUCGUGCAACCUAUGUGCCGGCCCCCCAGAGCUUCUAGCUGCCUCAGACGCCCGCCGCCAGAAAGUUGACGACCUUGGCCCUGAAAUCGUGGAGUUGGUUGAGGAAGGGAAGUUUGACGAGGCAGUAAAGCUCAACAAGGAAAUGAUCCAAGCUUUGACUGAGGAGGAGAUUUUGCCUCACAUGGGUGAUUACUAUGAGAUUAUGGGACGUUUGUAUCAAGCAUGGGGCAAGAAGAAGGAGGCAGUCGAGUGGUUUGAGAAGGCAUUGGAUGAAGUUGAGGGUUUCAAGGCGGAUGGGGCUGACGAUUUGAAGAGGAUUAUUAAGGCUCUCAAGGCGGAGAAGAAGCAGGCUUGA